AUGCUUAAUUUCGGCAGUUUUGCCUUCCUUCUAUUUUGCGUGUUUGAGAAUUUGUUUGUAAAUGGUAUCGAGUUUGCUCGCCCCAGGAGAAUUGUUGAUUCCCCUUUCACGCGGCAAUUUCAAGGGGCCUUAAGAGCAUCUCCCUUGAGAAUGCAUUUCGGAACCGGAGGAUCAUCUGUAGAUUCUUCGUUCACGCCACGAUUUCAAGAGGUCUUAGGGACUUCUUCUUGGAGGGGAUCCAAUUUUGGUUCAGGUGGAUCAUCUACUGGUUCCUCUUUCAUGCCACGAUUUCAAGUCUCAAGGCCUUCAUCUUCGAGGAGAUCCCUUUUAGGACCAGGCGGAUCAUCUUCAGAGUUAUCGAUGCCGUCAUUACUGUCUUUUAGGAGAAGAAAUGACGGAUUUCGUCCAGAAGUAUCUAGCAGGACGAGUAACUUUUCGCCUAUGCAUUUCAACAGAAGGCAAUCAACAGUUUUCAAUAAUGCCGAUAGAGCAUCAAUUCUCGAAAGACUUCGACGUUAUCAAAGAGGAAAAUCCAGUAGAGAAGUGUUCGACCAGUCAAUUCAAUCAACACAACCGGACAACAGCGUAAGGCAUGCAUCGAUCAUGAUCAAAGAAAAUAGACCAAGCUCAAAUAUUGCUUCUAUUCUUCAAAGACUUCGAAGUAGAACUAGUGUUAAAUCUAGUAAGGAAGUCAAUAAGAGCCCAAAUCGACAAAGGAAUCAACUAGCAAGACAUCAGACGGUAUCCUUUCUGGAAAAUAGACCUCCUAAACAAAUUGUCGUUUUAACUUCAGCAAAGACAGCGAAAAAUAGUAAAGAGGUAAAAGACAGUUCAUUACAAUCUGUUAACCAGGAGAGUUUAAAACAUCCGAUAGUUUCUUUUUUGGAUAAAAGGCGUCCUCCGUCUCAGGUUAAUUUUGUUUCUGUUAAAACAGAGUUAAAGGAACAAAAAGUUCGAAAAACUAGCAAAGAAAUUAAAGAUCAGAACAGCAAUGACAGGAAGAAAUCUGUUAACCUAGAGAGGACUUUAAAGCAUCCAAAUGUUUCUUUUUUGGAUAAAAGGCGUCCUCCGUCUCAGGUUAAUUUUGUUUCUUUCGAAACGGAGUUAAAGGAACAAAAAGUUCGAAAAACUAGCAAAGAAAUCAAACCACAGAACAAUAAAAACAGGGAAAUUAAAAUGAAAAAAGUCAGACAGUUGUUGCAGUUAAUGCCGGAAAAUCAGAGAUACAAAUUCCUAAUGAGUUUAAAAUCUGCUGGUGGAAUGAAGACCUCAGCCAAAAAGAAUACAAAACUAGAAUACCCUGAAGAUCCGAUUCAGACUAAACUCUCACCUAACCCCAACGUAUUCAAAAAAUCUACAGCAAUUGAAAUAACUAGACCCAAAAAGAACAAGAAAAAGACGUCAGCAGAGAAAAAACUUGCAUCCAAACACAAUAUGCAAGAAAACACCGAUGAAAGUCUUCAAAGAAUUCUGCUGCUCAAAAAAUUAAAUAACUUUUUACGACAGCAGCUGAAUCAUGAUUCGCAAAAGCAAAAAUCAGAGCAAACUAUGGAUUCCUCAAAGAGAAAUAUUAAAACAAGCAAAGAAGUUACACGUAAAUCCAAUCAAAAUCGAAGGACACAUCAUAUACACCGCAUUCACAACAUCCAGCAACCUCAAAGUAAUACUGUUCAAACACAAAACAAAAUGCCACAGAUAUCGUUGGAGUCAACACGUUUAGCUCCUCACCGUCGUCGAGUAGAGCUACUGGCCAGACUUAAUUCCCGUGGACUUAGUACCUCUUCGAAGUUUGAAAACUUACUGACAAAUGCCCUAAACAGUAAUGUGAAUCAUGCUAACACGGCAAAACAAUCAAAGCUUUCGAAUAUCAACCCAUUUUCAAGCGAUUCUUUAAAAUUAUUAGAUCAAAAUGACGUUUUAGAUACAAGCAAAGAAAAGAAGAGUGAAGAAAAAUUCACCUGGGAGAAUCCUUAGAUUUAAGAACUUUUGUCUAAUAAUAAUGUGUUUAUUGCAAUGAUAAUUUUUUAAUGUGUUGAAUGAAUGCUGAAUGAAAUAACUCUCAUAAAAUAAAAAUUGUAUGGAUAUCGUUAGGAACUUAAGUUAUCUUUCUCAGCAUCCUGAUGUCAUUUCUUAACAUAUGCAAGUAUUAAACACCUUUAUAACCAACAGGAUUAUUUUAUAUAUAUACAAAUAAAAAAUAAGUUAAAAUCAAUCCAUCUUUAUAUUAUAUGAUAUUAUGUA